CCUCGGUUUGCGUCAAUGUCAUGGCGGCCUACGCGGCUGGUUUUGAGAGCGCGGGCAGCAUCGAGGAGAGAAGAGAAUUAAAACGCAAAGCGCGCGAGGAAAUUCUCCAAAAGGCCAAGCGUCAGUAUGAGAAAGAUGAGCGAAGAGAGGAACAGAGGAAGGCUCGAGGUGAAAACACCUGGAUGCUCCCAGAUAUUGAGCAGCGACUGCAGCAGAUCACUGAGGACAAUUCCGUAAAGAGCAAGAAGAAGAAAAAGGAGAAAUCCAAAAAGAAGAAGAAGGAGAAGAAGAAGAAAGUGAAGAAAGAGAAGCCAAAAUCCCAGGGCGAGCGCUCUUCCGAUAGCUCCGAGGACUCUGAUAAUUGGGUGGAGGCUCCGCCCACAACAGGAAAUGUGGAUAAAGCAUGGAAGAUCUCGGACCAGACUCAGACCCCAAGUGUCUCCACCAGUACUGGCCAACAGAGAGAUGAGUGGAUGACCUUUGACUUCCUGGCCCUGAAGACGACAUCGGUUGCCGAGCGACGUUCAGAGAAGGAGGCAGCAAAAGAGGCUGAACGAGAAAAAGCCCAGAGCCUCGAACAGGCUGGCCUUAACAGACUGGAGCUGAAUCCUUAUUGGAAGAAUGGAGGGACUGGACUGCCCCCAGAGGAAGGCACCAGUACUGCAGUUACUAAAGCGGCUGUGGUGGAUGAUGGAGGACGAAGCUGGCUGAUGAAGUCAUAUCAGAGGAUGAAGGAGCAGGCAGAGAGAGAGAAGCGCAGCCUGGACGACAUUGUGGCUGAGAGAUAUGGGUCCAUGGAGCAAUUUCAGAAGAGACUGAAGGAAGCAGAAGAGGCCGCCUUCCCACAGAGGAGAGUUGAAAGAGACGUAGGGCAAAAAGGAGAGGGAGAGGAAAGAAGACAAGGGUGGAGGAGAGAGACAGACAGAGAGAGGCACUGGGAAAGACAGAGGGACAUGGAUAUUGACUGGAGUACAGAAAGAGACAGAGGGCGAGACAGAGAUGGAGAUCGAGACAGGGACAGGAGAAGAGACCGAGAAGGAGAUGGGGACAGGAGGAGAGACAGAGAUGGUGACAGGGACAGAAGGCGAGACAGGGACAGAAGGCGAGACAGGGACAGAGAUGAAGACAGGGAAAAAGAGAAGGAUAUUGAAAGAGAGAAGGACAUGACAAGAGAUCGAGGGACAGAGAGAGAUAGAGGACGUUUCCUCAAACCCACAGACUCUGAAGACUUCCUGUCUCUGGGGAUGGGCUUUAGGAGGCCUGGAUUGACUGCCUCCUCAUCCAGUCAGAGCACAGGGAAGUUUCUGAAACCUGGCGAUGAUGAUGAUGAUGAUGAUGAUCAUGCAGUCAUCCCAGCAUGGAGGAAGAGAGAUGAGAAGAAGGAUGGAGUGAAAGAGAAGGAGGAGUCAGGGACACCAAAGAGGGUAGAAGAGAGUAGGACUUCACCAGUGCAGAAGAGCAGCUCAGAGAGUGAAGAAGAGGAGGAAGAAGAAGAGGAAGUGCGGCUCCUGACAGACGAGGAGAUGAAUAAACUCGGGGCCAAACUUCUCAAGGCCGAGCUCAUGGGGAAUACGGCUCUAAUGGACUCUCUAAAGUCUCAGCUAGAAUCUGCGCGGAAAGCAAGAGAGACUCAUGCUCACAAACCCAAACAGGUGGCUGUGCAGAAGGAGGCGGAGCAGGAAAUGGCCUUGUUCAGAACGGACCUUUCAGGACAAGCGUGGCCGGUGAGCGGCCCCUCCCAGCACGUGGAACCGAAAGGAGGGCGGAGGAAGAAGAAAGCAAUUGAGACCCACGUCGCCGGCGAGCGUGUGCGUUACUUUGCAGAUGAUGACAGUUUGGAUCUGAAGGAGAUGGUGCGGCGGGAGAAGAUGACCUCAGCGCAGGAUCAGAAUGCCCUCUACUCACGCAUGGCUGCUAAGAUGAUGGGCAAGCAGGAUGGCGAUAACUACACAUUGGACGACAUGUUCGUAUCGAGUGCAGCGCAGAGAGAAAGGGAGGGGCUUGACGAAGAGAGAGCGAGGCACAGAGCGAUGGGGGAGGGGCGGAGCCUCGCCGCACGGAUGGAUAAAUGCCCAUUCUGCUUCAGCAACAGCGAGCUGCCCAAACACCUGGUGGUGGCUAUUGGGGCAAAGGUGUAUCUUUGUCUUCCUAACAGUGUCUCUCUGACUGAGGGACACUGUCUCAUUGCUCCACUGCAGCACCACUGCUGCUCAACUGGCCUUGAUGAGGACAUCUGGAAUGAAGUACAGGUGUUCCGCAAGUCUUUGGUUCAGAUGUUCGGUUCUCUUGGUCUCGACUGCGUGUUUUUGGAAACUCACAUGAACCCUAAGAAGCGAAUGCACAUGCUGUAUGAGUGUGUUCCACUUCCGCGGGAGCUUGGAGACAUGGCACCCGUCUACUUCAAGAAAGCCAUCAUGGAGUGUGAUGAGGAGUGGUCGAUGAAUAAGAAGGUGGUGGAUCUGUCAUCCAAGAACAUCAAACAGGCUGUUCCUCGAGGUUUGCCGUACUUCUCUGUCGAUUUCGGGUUGCAGGGAGGAUUUGCUCACGUCAUCGAAAAUCAGGACAAGUUUCCAUAUUACUUUGGGAAAGAAGUCCUCGGGGGUAUGCUGGACCUGGAGCCACGUCGUUGGAGGAAGCCGAUCCGAGAGAACUUCGACGAUCAGCGUAAGAAGGUCCUGCAGUUUUCCCAGUGGUGGAAACCCUUCGACUGCACCAAGAGCCAAUAAGAGAUCUGUAUUCAUCUUGGGGGUGGGGUCAAGCUCAGAACUUCAGAGUCCACAGCAAAGUAUUCUGGGAGUCUGUCCUGUUUAUAAUCUGAAUAAUUUCACAAACGCUGUGUCAUUGAGCUGUUUGUUAUAAUGGAACAUUAAAGUUGUGCUGAUUUUUAUAAAAAGUUCACCACCGUGUUUCACUCUGUUCUUCGGAAGCUCGGAGGUGACGUUGUUGAACAGAACGAGGCAGAGCUUCCUUAAAUCUAUAAGCAUGUUCCUCAGUCAGUGAGACUGAUCUGACCUCCAACUGAUUUAUGAGAUUCACAUCUCUCUGAGGAAAAAAAAAUUCUGCUCUGAAAAUAGGUAUCCUCAUGCUGCCUUUUGUGUUAUUGUGUGUUUAUUUCAGUAAUGUGUGAGGGGGAGGAGGCAGUGAAGAAGUGGGUCAGGAAGAGAGAAGGACACAGAGACAGAAAGGGACAGAGGAAAUUAGCAGACAGACAGGCAGAGACGGAGAGAAAAAUGUCCUAAAGGCAAAGGAGAGAUGAACCAUAGUGUGAUAGUGCACAAACACACACACUUCUAAAUGACCUAUAUUCCCUUUCUCUCUCCCUCUCUCUCUCUCUCUCUGUCCUAAAUGAUGUUCUAUAUUCUGACACACAUAACAUGCCCUAAAGGUCCUAAUUCUAGUUGUGGGUUAUUUCCAUUGACCUGUGUGUUAUUGUAGCUAAAUACUGCUAUAACCUUAACUUUAACCUCACUAACCUGAAGAAAAUCUGUAUAGUAUAGAAUCAGUUAGAAGUCUGUUUGAUCAAUAACAAUGAGGGGUGGGGCUAUAAUGAAAAGUUGUGUCAUCACAAAAAUGAAACAAAGGACCUUGUGAGGUAGGAAAGUUUCAUUUUCUUUAACCAAAUCACUUCAGUUUUUGACAAAACUGAAAAAUAAUUUUUUUCUUCAUUCAUGGCAUGACCAUUUUCAUUGGUCUGGUUUUGUUAAGGUGGGCGUGGUCUUGCUUUCUUCAGGAGCCAGGAAAUCUAAAUUUCUGAAGGUUGAUAUGUUAAACAAAAUCAAAAUAAAUUUCUCUAUGACUGAA